UUUGAUGCAGGUGUACGUGUAUGUUUGCGUAUGCAUGUGUUUGUUGGUUUACACUGUACGUCGAUGGUGAAAGUGUGAAGUUCGCAAAGGAAUAGUAGCCUAGCUAGCCAUAACCAUUGUAGUUCGUGAAUUAUUUUUCGAAGAUAUUUUUUUCAAAUAGCCUAUGCCUAUAUGUUCAGUCAGGUCUUUCGUUGGUGCGGUAUAAAUUAGCGCUGAUUGUUCUCGUGUUUGAUGUCUUUCUAGGCUAGGAUAGUCAUACUGUGUUCAUUAUUUGAUUGAAGAAGAUUCCACCCGGUCCGGAUCCGCAGUACUCGUCCGUUGUAUAACUUAUUAAAAAUAUGGAGCUAACUUGGUGUGGGAUUAGUAGUCCUAGGUACUAUUCAACAGUUAUCAUAUGUCUAAUUAUCACUACCUCAUCUAUCACAUCAUCUGAAGAGACUAAUGAACCACCUAGCAAAGGGUAUGGAGCAUGGGGUGGCUGGAGUGUCUGUAGUAGAACCUGUGGUGGUGGCAUCUUCUACAAGGAGCGGGAAUGUAUAAGUCCUCCAUGUGUAGGAGAGACAAAGAAAUACCAGUCCUGUAAUAUCCAGGAUUGUCCGGCUGGAUCUCUAGACUUCCGUUCUGUGCAGUGUGCCAAGUACAAUGACGUCCAAUUCCAAGGGAAGACCUACCACUGGGUGCCCUAUAAUGGAUCUCCAAAGGAAUGUAGUGUAGUGUGUAUGCCUAAAGGAGAACAUUUUUAUCAAGAUUUUAAAGAAAAUGUUGUCGAUGGAACCCGGUGUUACCCAGAAGACCCCAACUCACUUGACGUGUGUAUCAAUGGAGUCUGCCAGAAAGUUGGCUGCGAUCACAUGCUGGGUUCCAAUCAGGUGGAGGACAUGUGCCGGGAGUGCGGUGGAAAUAACACCACCUGUCAGGCUGUGGAGGGUGUGUUCGGUGCCGAAAAAGACCUGCCUUAUGGGUACAAUGAUAUGUUUACUAUAAAAGCUGGCGCAACAAACAUAAAAGUAGAGGAAGAAGUGAAAAGUUCAAAUUUUCUCUCCUUGAGGAACGUCGAUGGCUCUUAUUACCUAAAUGGGGACUGGAGAGUUGGGUAUAACCAGCAUUUUGAUGCAGCUGGUGCUGCAUGGAAGUACGACCAUGAUCCUGACACGAGCACUGAGCAUUUGACAGCCAUGGGGCCCCUUACGGAACCAGUUGUUGUAGUCCUUUUAACUGGAAGUGAGAAUAAAGGCAUCAAAUACAGUUAUUAUAUGCCAGUUGGGAUGAAAACUGAGGAGACUUAUUCUUGGGCUACCAGCUCAUUUAGCAAAUGUACAAAGGAAUGUGGUGGAGGUACCAGAGAAAGGUUGGUAUCUUGCAUUCGUAAUGACGACCAAGUUAAAGUACAAGAUUACAUGUGUGACAAGGGUAAAGAACCGACAAAAUUUGAAAAUUGUAACAUAGAACAUUGUCCUCCUCGCUGGGUCGAAGGUCAGUGGAGCUCAUGUUCAGAGACAUGUGGAGGAGGGGUACAGUACCGAGUUGUGCAUUGCGAGCAGGAGGUCCCGGGUGGUACACAGGAAGCCGUUGAUAUGGAGUUCUGCGAGACCAUAUUAGGCGAUCAUCCAGAGAAUCAACGCAAGUGUAACGUGGAUAGACAGUGUCCAGAUUGGAGCUUUGGUCCGUGGUCAGGUUGCUCACUGACGUGUGGCGAUGGGGUUCAGGUCCGUGAGGUGGUCUGUCAAUCUGAUGGUAAUACGUUGUCAUCUUCCUACUGCAACUAUUUAACCAAACCUGAGGCCCAGAAGCAUUGUAAUCUUGGUCCCUGUGAUGGUGUGGAUUGGAUGACUGAGGAGUGGUCAAGGUGCUCUGAACAUUGUGGAGAUGGUGUAAAGUCAAGAUCCAUUCACUGCAUGAGUCAAGCUGGCCAAGUUUAUCCCGAAAGUUUCUGCUUCUCAAACCGUAAGCCGAUAAUUACGCGGACAUGCUCUCGUGGGCCGUGUCAAUACAGAUGGAUGGCGACGGACUGGAGCCAGUGUACAAGAACAUGUGGAACUGGUGUGAAGACUAGACAUGUUGUUUGUACCCAGUAUACUGCUAAUGAUAAGUGGGUGAUAGUAGAUAAUUCUUACUGUGACUCUACAAGGCAGCCUCUAGAUUUUGACAGCUGUAAUGUGGAUGAGUGCAAGUUGGGAAUGUGGCUGACGGGCCCAUGGGCAAAGUGCUCCUGUACAACUUAUACAAGGGUUCGAGUCCUAAUGUGUCUCAUUGAAGGUCAAGUUGUUGGCAUGGAGGACUGUGACCAAAACAAACAACCACCAGAUGAACAAGAUUGCAACCCAUCUGGUUGCUUAGUGACUGUAGACCCUGGAGAUUCAGGUGAGCAACUUAGAGGCGAGGAAUCAGACUGCAAGGUUUCUGAAUUUGGAUGUUGCUGGAAUGGCAACACAUCUGCCUCUGGUCCAUUCAAAAGAGGCUGUCCACCUGUAAGGGACUGUACAAAAACGAUGUAUGGCUGUUGCCAAGACGGCAAGACACCAGCCAGUGGAAAAGAAUUUGAGGGUUGCCAUGAUGACAAAGAUUUUGAACCCAGUACAUUAUCACCUGUACUAACACCACCUACCACCACCACAUCAUCACCAGAUGUGUGUUUCUUACGACGCGACCCAGGUCCGUGUCACGAUUACCUGGUCUGGUGGUACUAUAAUUCGCAGAGUACAGAAUGCCUACGAUUCUACUAUGGUGGUUGUGAGGGUAAUGGUAAUCGGUUUCGAACCGAGGAUGAUUGUCUGAAGUCUUGUUCAACAUGGGAACCUGACCCUCCUCAAGAAGAGCUCUGCAGCCAGCCCAAAGUAGUGGGACCAUGUCGAAGCUCGAUCACAAGCUAUUGGUUCAACGCUCAGACUGGCGAGUGUCAAGAAUUUCAAUACGGUGGUUGUCGUGGCAAUAGGAAUAGGUUCAGAACAGAACAUGAGUGUCAGGGAGUGUGCAGUACUUUUGAACAAAACCCUUGCUCUCUACCAAAAGAUGUUGGUCCUUGCAAAGCCUCAAAGACUAAAUGGUAUUACAAUAUGGCAUCUGGAGAGUGCGAAACAUUUACAUAUGGUGGUUGCCAUGGUAAUGCCAAUCGAUUUAAUGAUCGUACAGCAUGUGAGGCCAGUUGCUCUAAGUCAAGGGAAGAUGCAUGUCUGGUCAAGAAGCAUGCAGGUCCGUGUAAGGCAGCACUUCCCCGUUGGUACUUCAACCAAGAUACACAUAGCUGCCAACCAUUCUUGUAUGGAGGAUGCAAUGGAAAUGUAAAUCGCUUUCUGGAUGAAGCAUCUUGUAAUGCGACAUGUCUGGUGAAAGAAGAAGAUCCUUGCUCAUUACCAGCGGAAUCCGGGCCUUGCAAGGCACUGUUGUCCCGUUGGUACUUCAGCUCAUCGACGGGCAAGUGUGAACAGUUCACAUAUGGUGGUUGCAUGGGUAACAGCAAUAACUUUAUGGAUGAAGAUUUGUGCGAAGUAGUUUGUGGACAGAAACCAGUUGUGGAACCAACAAUUAAACCAACAGCAGCUGGAAAAACACAUUGCCAGGAGCAGCAUGAUCUCAUGUCGAAUGAGCUUGAGGUCGGCAAACUAAUCCCACAAUGCACAGCCUCAGGGGAGUAUGAGAUGAUGCAGUGUCAUCAAGAAUCUGGUUACUGUUGGUGCGUAGAUAGCCUUGGUCAGAGACUAGAGGGCAGUAUUCGUAGUCCUGGAACUCAGCGGCCGAAUUGUGAAGAACUGAUCACCAUUUUCACCAAGCCUUGUCCACAAAGUCGUCGCAAUGCUUUAACUACUCAACCAUACGGUCUGUACAUCCCACAAUGCACUCCAGAAGGAGAGUAUGCUAAAGUGCAGUGCCAUGCAGGGAUUUGCUGGUGCGUGGAUGAUUAUGGUGUUGAGAUUGAAGGAACAAGGAAUCCAGUGAAAGACUCUGGCAGGCCAGUUUGUGAAAUAGUUAGUGUGACACCUUCACCACCUCAGCUGCUAACACUUUGUGAGAAGCAAGCAAAAGAAGCUGCGAACAAUGCUCUUCUUGGGACGUUCAUUCCAAAAUGCAAGGAAAAUGGAGAAUUUGAAGAAGUUCAGUGCCAUGAAGGGUACUGCUGGUGUGUUGAUGAAACUGGCUCAAAAAUCCCUAAUAGCCAGUCCUCAAAACGAGGUGUGAUCCCACAAUGCCAGGACUAUCAGGUUCAAGUAUUUACAACAGUAGCAUCUACAACCGCAAGUGCAACUAAGUGUCUACAACAGCGAAGAGGUGCUGCACGGAAAGGGAUUUUCGGAGGUUACAUACCAAAGUGUACGGAAGACGGAGAAUUUGAACCGAUCCAGUGCGACAGUGAUGUCACUUGUUGGUGUGUGGAUGUACAUGGUGAUGAGAUUCCCAACUCAAGGACUGAGAACUCUGGAGAAUUGCCAGAUUGUGUUGGAUUUGAAUUUGUGACUGAAAUUGUUGGAUCUGGCCAUGUGACAACAGGGGACAACCAAGCCAUCAAACAGAUCACGCCGAUGCCACUCAACACUUUGUGUGUACGUUGGAAGCGGGAUAUCUUACGCACUCAGUCUGAUCCCAGCUUUAUACCCGACUGCACCGAAACCGGUGAAUUUGAAUUGAUUCAAUGUUUUAUAUCGGGCUAUUGCUGGUGCGUAGAUGAAUCAGGCAUUGAGAUAAUCGAAAGCCGAGCAGCUAAGCCCAAAAAACGCAGUGAUUGUAUACCGUACAGAAAAGUUGACUCCUUACUGGACAAGUGUGAGGAGGAGCGUCAGCUUGCAAUCAGUGACAAUGCCGACACCUUCAUCCCUGAGUGUUCUGAUGGUCUUUACAAGCGAGUACAGUGCCACAAAGGAUAUUGCUUCUGUGUGGAUGUCAACACAGGAGUUGAGAUUCGAGGAACCAGGUCUGGAAAACGAGGAAAACAACCAAAAUGUGAAUUAUUUGAAGGUGGAAGUGGUGAAGAGAGGUCACCUUUUUCAACAGCCCUACCAAGACACAGGACAACAUAUACUCCAAGACCUCCGAAAGCUUUACAAAGCAGGAGAAUGACGACUACCAAAAUGCCAUUGAUCAUUACAGAAGAUUCAACAACAGUCCCUACUAGAAGAAGAACCACUACUACACAAAGAACAACUGCUCAGAGAACAACACAAAUAACAACUACACAAACAACCACCACCCAACCGAUGCCAGUACCAACGACCAUAGAAGAGACCACAACACAGAUAAGCUGUGAACAGUCCUUUUAUGGCUGCUGUCCAGAUGGUAUCAAUUUUGCUGAAAGGAGUGAUCUCCAAGGUUGCCCAGGUACUGAGUCACCACGAAUUACUUCUAUAUCACCUGAUCAGAAGGUUCUAAGGGGUACAGCACUAAAACUCACAUGUACAGCCACUGGAAAGCCAACACCAACAAUCACAUGGUAUAAAGGUGAUGUAUCUGUCGAGGACUUACGCAACAGACGUAUGGAUUUGAAAGCUAAUGGUGUUCUAAGCAUUUUCCCUACUAAGGAGGAUGACAAUGCGAUUUAUACUUGCGUGGCAAACAACGGAAUUGGUCGAGAACACUUCCAAUCACUGGAAGUUGUUGUACACAGAGAAAAAUCCAACCACAUGACAGUUACAGGAGUCGUAGGUUCCUCAGUUCGUUUAGAAUGCAAGACUGGUUUUGAUGAUGCUACAGUUGUGUGGACACGUGGAGGUGAACCUCUACCAACCAAUGAUCCUUACAUCAUACAGCUUGUGGACAACACACUUGUCCUUCGACGUAUAGAGCUAGACGAUUCCGGCAGUUACGAAUGCAUCGGUAGAACGAACAUUGGGAUCAUACAACGGACACGUUAUACCCUGGUGGUAGAAGCUGAUGUUAAAAUAAUUAGUCCGCCUCGUGAUUUAAUUCGAACUGUUGGUGAUCAGAUAACGCUGACCUGCACCAGUACGGGUUCACCUAAGCCUGUGAUUCGGUGGACCAAGAAUAGCGUAAGGCUCCCUCAACUAGAACGUUAUACAAUCAAAACCAACGGCAACCUCAUCAUUACAGAUGCCAAAGAAACAGAUGCUGGACUUUAUACCUGUACAGCAUCCAAUAAGAGGAGCUCUCAGAGAAGUUCAGCUCAAGUCAAAAUAACAGGUGGAGUAGUGAAUCCUGUUUGUAAAGAUAGACCAGAAUUUGCAAACUGUAAUUUAAUUCUUCUAGCAGAUCUCUGCUUGCAUACUUACUAUGCUGGGUAUUGCUGUCAAACCUGCACAGACAACAACCAACUUGCCGGACGUUAGCGAAUCGUAUCUCAAGACAACUAACUUGAUGGACGUUAGCCAAUCAUAUUUCAAAGUUAUACUUAUGAAUCUAGACUGCAGAACAAACCAUGAACAAUGCAUUAAUGACCACUAUUGUUGUGCACUAUACAGUAGAUUGUUUUUGUUGCUGUUGUGUACCAUCAUCGCAGUCUGUGUUAAUAGGCCUUUAAUGUAUCAAGCAGGCAUUUUAAUGGGUAUCAGAUGGAAAUAUAGGAAAUAUACAGGAUUUGGUUAUUGUUCAAACUAACAAUAACCAAAUAUUAUUACUAUUAUUAUUUAUAUAAUUCAUAUAAAUAAUUCAGACCUAAAUUUAUUUUUGAAUAUGUCUUCUAGUUAAAUUGUAUAUUUCCACAUAGAAUAUACAUUCUCAUUUUAUAAAAGAUUUACGUUUUUACUCAUUUCUAUUUUUAGUUAUUUAUUUGUAAACAGAUUGUAGCUUGUUAUCUACAAAAUAUUCUGAAAGGCUUAUAAUGGCAGAUUCAAAAACGUAACCAAUGUAUAUUGCUGUAUACCAAUAGAAUUAAGUUUGUAAUUUAGUAUGUGAUGAAUCAUAUAAAACUACCUGAAAAAAUAUUAAGGUACUUAAGCAAUAUUCUUUUUAAAAAGGAAUGAAAAGGAGAAACUCUAUUAUUUAUAUAAGAUCUACUUUUAAUUAUGCCAUGUAAUUUUGGUAUAUUAAUUAGUUUAUAAUUAUGUUAAAAUAAUGUAGCAAUUUGAAAAACAUAAUUAGUUUUACUUAUUUUAUUUGAUCAGGAUGCAGUUUAUUAUUAAAGAAAAAUGUUUUUAA